ACAUUCCCCAAAUGCCUCUCUCUUUCUCUCUCUAGUUUCUCUGUCUAUGAAUAUUCAGCAAACUUAACUCUUAUCUUCCUUCUCCAUCUUCUCCUCCGUCGCUCUCUCUGGUUGCUCCAUCCUCUGUUUGGAGGACCUUGACCCACCUCCGCAGGCCCAGCUCAGGUGGCGUUGCCCAGAUCUUUGAUUUGUGGAGGAUGAUGAAGGGUUGUGCCAUGGAGCAGGGGAGUACGUACGCGGCCUGUGAGGAGAUGAUCAUGAUGAUGGGUUCCGUCUCCGUCGUUUGCCCCAAGCCUCGUCGCCUUGGCCUCUUCAACAACGACCACAUCCCAUCCCGGAGAUGGCACAUGCAUCAUGAUGAUUCCAAGGAUGGGUCGGAGCUUCUUGACAUCAUUCUCGCCAAGGGAUCCGAAAGAUCGGGCCACCAGGUGGCUUCAUCUCCACCAUAUUUUUGUGGGUCACCACCGAGCAGAGCUUCGAAUCCCGUAAUCCAAGACGCCCAAUUCGGGAACGAAAAGGUCACACCCUUCUCUCGGGCGCCGUCACCAGCCCGCAAACCCGCUGCUGGAGGAGGAGGUGGGGCCGGUGGUGUGAGAAUGAUGAAAUUCGGAUCCAAGCCGGCGGCGGUGAGGAUUGAAGGGUUCGACUGCCUGGGCAGAGAUGGGCAAAGCCGCAGCAUAUCAGCCGUGGCAUAGGCCCCCCUGAAACCAAAGUUUUGGAAAAUGCAGAGGAACUAAUGGUAGAAAUUAUGUGUAUGUAUAUACAGUUGAAUUGAAUUGGUUUUGAAGACAUAUAUAUAUAAUAUAAUAUAAUAUAAAUAUUUAUAUAUAUAUUUGUGGAAUAUUGAGUUGAUGAAAGAGAGAGAGGAGUGUUAAUUUUGAAGAAUAAGGAGAUAGGGAGGAAAGGGAGAGACUAAAAGGUCUUUCCCUUACUAGGGUUUUGAUUGGAGUCUGGUGGAGAGAGAAAGAGCCUGCCCUCUGUCUCUUUCUCUGUCUUUGUUGUGUGUGUCUGUAAUUUUACUCACUCUGGUCCUUCAUUGUAAUUGUAAUUUGAGGGGAAGGGGGUUGAAGAUGAAGAUGAAGCUGGGUCUUCUUGUAAUUUUGCUACUUUAUUCUGGGGUCUUUUGGACCUUAAAUAAUUCUGUAAAGAAGCACGUGCUGUGCCUAUUGUAAAUAUUUUAUAUAUUUAUUUUAUUUUGGUGGGUGUUAGGUUAUUA